AUGGCAAUCGGAGAGCGUGGUGUUUCGAGCGUGUCCUCAAGUUCGACCUACCUGCACCAUAACGACCUCGAUCUCGACUCGCUUUUCAGGCGCCUGGACAAAUACACGGCCGAGAUGGACGAAGUGGGAGCUCAUUUCAAGGGGGCUCAACGUACUUCAGACGAGUUCAGCCAUGCCGAUAUGGGCCGCUUUUCUUUUGAAGAUGAUUUAUUGUCCAACGGGAUGGGGUCUGUUCUGCCGGUAUCAAAUUCGCGAAGAGCAUCGUCACAGAUCAGACGGAGUCUGGUCAUGCAACGCGAACCUGAACCGGAUCCGUCUCAAGGAUUUGCGCGAGCACUUGACCAUACGGCCGAGGUUAAGAUAGAGGAGACCCAGUGCCAGCAAGAGCCUCCAGCGGAAGCCCAAGAGCCUUACCCAGGCAAUGCCCAGGUCGAAUCAGACUGGCCUUUGGUGCCAUCCCAAUCGAAUAAUACAGCUUCCACAAGCCUGAAAAACACAGAGUAUAUCGUUGACGGCGACUCGGGAGAAUACACUGGUCUUCACGCACCCUCCCAUGCACCUCAGAGACACUGGACCCUACCGCCGAGAACUUCAAGUAGGAAGGGACCACCAACGGGAGAGCUUGUCGUCAGGCGGCCACGCCCACCGACAUUGCAUCGACGGGCCCUAACGGGCCCAGAGCAUUCUGUCGCGCGGAACGACAGCUGUGUGCCCGAGCAGACCGCUUCGCGUUUGGAUCUUGGAGAUAAACUGCCGCCUGUCCCAGCACUGUCACAUGCUGGGUCCACCGCAACAUUAAAGCCCGCACCAACGCCGCUGCUGAUAUGCUCGCCCGGUGAGGACCAGCUACGUCGGGAGUUGGAAAGCUUUGCAUUGCGCGAUGGGGCUGAGACGCUCAAAAUGACAUACAGAAACCGAAAACCACCCAUGCUGAGUUUCGUCGACUCCGAUGAAGAGGAGGAGGAAGACUGGUCGAAGUCAGUGGAGAAAGAGGACCAACAUAGCGCCAAUGGAGUCCGCAUCAGGCGCCAGCGAAGCUUCCUGACCGUGUUCCAGAGGAAAAAGUCAGCAGUAGAAGAAGUCAUCGACAUGUAUCUCGACGACCCUCCAGUCGAGAAGCUGAUGCCGAGAAGUACAUGGUCCACAAAGCUAAGCAGAUCAAGAUCUGGUCGGGCAGACUUGACGGAGAGCCCGCCCAUUCCCGCCUUGCCAGAGAGCAGUCAUGGCAGGCAACAAGUCUGGGUUUGA